AUGGCCUCUGAGGUGGUGUGUGGACUCAUCUUCAGACUCAUACUGCCCGUCUGCCUCGCCGCAGCAUGUCUGUUCCGGUACAACUUGCUGUCCUUCAUCUACCUCAUCUACCUCCUGCUAAUCCCGCUGUUUGCAGAGCCAACAAAGACAACAAUGCAAGGCCACACAGGUCGCUUGCUGAAAUCCCUGUGCUUCACCAGUUUGACUUUUCUGCUGCUGCACAUCAUUUAUCAGAUUACCAUCAACAGCCUGUUAGCAGGAGACAACAUUGAGCCCGACUUCAACUGUUCAUCAUGGGAAAAAUCAAUAAGACAGCUCGGCUUUGAAAGUGUCCGGGGGGCGGAUGCGGGUAAUGGCAUCCGAGUUUUCAUCCCAGACAUUGGCAUGUUCAUCGCUGGUCUGGUUUCAUGGCUCCUCUGCCGCAGUCUAGAGAAGCCUCCAGUGAAGGACAUCUCACAGCUUAACACAGACUUUGAAACGGACAACCAGGAACAGGAGGAUGAGGAAGACGAGGAAGCACAGGAGGACAAGCUGGAGCUGGAGGGCGAGCUGUUCUUCGAGGAGGACUCUGAGCCGGGUGAUGUAGACUGUGAACUGCCAGAAGAGGAGGUUGAACAGGAAGAGCUAGAGGCCCUACAGGAGGAGGAAGAGAAGGAGAGCACUAAGAUGAAGAUCCUGCGGCAGAUAGCAGAAGUAGCAUCCAAACUCAAAGAAAUAAUUGGUGAUCUGAUUACGACCGCAGGGAAAGUAGUUGUAACCAUAUUACUGGGCCUAACAGGCAUCAUGCUGCCCUCCCUCACCUCCACGGUGUACUUCUUCACAUUCCUGGGCCUAUGCACCUGGUGGUCUUUCUGCCGCUCGUUUGAUCCACUGCUCUUCAGCUGCCUCUGUGUGCUGAUGGCCAUCUUCAGCGCAGGACACCUCCUCAUGCUCUACCUCUACCAAUUCCAGUUCUUCCAAGAAGUCGUUCCACCUGGAGACACUUAUGCAAGUCUGUUUGGCAUCUCUCCGGUGGUGCUGAGUAACUGUUCCCACACGUGGAUGUUUAAAGUGAACUCUCAGCUGGAUUGGCACCACUUCGUCAACCCCAUCAUGCUCCUGGUGUUGUACUACACGCUUGCCACACUCGUCCGCCUGUGGUUGCAGGAGCCUGAGGACACGGUAAAGGAGAAAGAUGGAGAGACUAAAGGAGUGGUGGAGCAGGAGCCUCCUGUGAAUACUGAUCUCCCUCACACAGCAGAGAAAAAGAGAGAGAUAUGGAGGAUGGCACACUAUCGCACAGAUGACAAAAAUGUAUUGAUUGUGACACCCAAUGGAGGCCCUGUGGAUCUGAUGUCUUUAUCAUGUGAGAAUAGGCCAUCUUCUGCAGAACUCUACUCCACUCCUGACUACAAAGCAGUCCAGGCUGAAUCUGGCUCAGAGAGAAUGGAUUCCAGUGUGUAUGAGAUCGGCCCAGUGCACGGUGAGCUGCCCGGGGCUGUGAGCUCAUCUGUGAAGGCUGUUCGAGUGAACGCGGUGGUUAAGACCUUUCGCUUCAUCAUGAAGCAGAGCUACAUUUGUGCCCUCAUCGCCAUGAUGGCCUGGAGCAUCACAUAUGUAAGCUGGCUGACCUUUGUCUUUCUCAUCUGGUCGUGCACACUGUGGAUGGUGCGGGACAGGAGGAAGUAUGCCAUGCUUACAUCACCUUUCAUGGUGUUUUAUGGGGACCUUCUCAUCGUGCUGCAGUACAUCUGGAGCUUCCAAACACUGCAGCCAGUGCCGGGCCUCUUCCUUAAGAAGGAAAUUCCCUUCAGGGAACUGGGCUCAAAGAUCUUGUGCCUUCUGAGUUUCUGGCUAUUGCUGAGACAAGCUUUGACCGAGAGGAGGGAGAGACAGAGAGAUGAGACGCAGCUAUCUGAUAUCAGGGUGGAGGACGGCUCUCAGGAGAAGGAAAUGGAAGUGGAGGAGGCUGGAGAGCAGAGAGAGAUGAUGGAUGUGUUGGGCAGUACAGUCAUGGCCAUGCUGAAUAAGUACUGGAUCUAUAUCUGUGGAGGGAUGUUCUUCUUUGUCAGCUUUGAAGGACGCAUCGUCAUGUAUAAAAUCAUCUACAUGAUGAUGUUUCUAUUCUGUGUAGCUCUGUAUCAGGUGCACUAUGAGCGCUGGCGCUGGAUGCUGAAGUAUUUCUGGAUGUCGGUGGUAGUGUACACCAUGCUAGUGCUUAUUCUUGUCUACACCUUCCAGUUUGAGUCAUCCAUACAUGUUUGGUCUAAUAUGACUGGUAUGAGCAAGGAAAAGCUGGAAGAUCUAGGCCUGGAGAAGUUCAGCGUUGCAGCUCUGUUCACUCGGAUCUUCAUCCCUACCUCCUUCCUGCUCGUGUGUAUUCUACACCUGCACUACUUCCACGAGCGCUUUCUGCAGCUCACCGACAUCAAGUCUGUGGCAGAUAAGCAGAAAAGCACCAUCUCCAGGCUUGUGCAUCUUGAUGGCAGCCUUGCAGAUAUCUCUAUGAUAAAGCCAGAGUUCAAUGCCUCUAUGAAGGAGGAAGAAGUGGGGGUGAAGGUGGACCCUGAUGAGGAACAAGAAGACAUUAAAAUGAGGCAAGAGGAAGAUGAAGAAAUCAGUGACCUGUACUGCAAGACAACAAGCUUCACCUGCCACAUAGCGCCAGAGCCUGAACCUGACGAAACCAAUGAUUUGAGAAAUAAGUGGCAUCUGGUGGUGGACCGCUUGACGGUGCUCUUCCUGAAGUUUCUACAGUACAUCCAUCAGCUGCAGCUCUUCAUCUGGUGGCUCCUGGAGCUCCACAUUAUUAAGAUUGUGUCAUCUUACAUCAUUUGGGUCUCUGUCAAAGAGGUGUCCCUGUUUAACUACGUGUUCUUGGUAAGCUGGACCUUUGCUCUACCCUUCAGCCAGUUCCGCCCACUGGCCUCCAGCGUCUGCACUGUUUGGACCUGCGUCAUCAUCGUCUGCAAGAUGCUCUACCAGCUCACCUCCAUCCAGCCUGAAUCCUAUUCCAGAAACUGCUCAAUGCCUAACUAUACAGAUCAUCAAAGGUUGGAGAUGGCCAGGUCUCUCAUCUACAGUGGCCCAGUAGACCCUGCAAACUGGGUUGGCCUCAAGAAGUUCUCCCCUUUACUGGAGAAUCUAAGGAAUAACUUGCUGAUGCUGGCCCUGCUUGCAUUUGAGGUGACGAUUUACCGUCACCAAGACUUCUACCGCAUGAGAAACAACCUGACUGCUCCUGUCACCAGAACAAUCUUCCACAACAUCACACGACAACACCUUGACGACGGCAUCAUUAACUGUGCCAAAUACUUCAUCAACUACUUCUUCUACAAGUUUGGCCUAGAGACCUGUUUCCUGUUGGCGGUGAAUGUGAUUGGCCAGCGGAUGGACUUCUAUGCCAUGCUGCAUGCAUUUGGGCUGAUUGCAGUGCUGUACCAACGCAGGAGGAAGGCCGUUGCCCGUGUCUGGCCCAAAUACUGCUGCUUCCUGGCCUGCAUGCUUACCUUCCAGUACCUACUGUGCAUUGGUAUCCCACCUGCAGCCUGCUCAGACUACCCAUGGAGACAUCCCUCAUCCAGCAUGGACUCCAACGUGGUCAAGUGGCUCUAUUUGCCUGACUUUCAUACCAAACCCAACUCUCUCUUUCUCAUCUAUGACUUCAUGUUGCUGCUGUGUGCGUCACUGCAGAGACGUGUGUUUGAGGAGGAAAAUGAUCCUGCAGUGCACUUGCUGGCUGGUGAUAAUGUAGAAAUCUGUAGAGACUUGGACGCUGCUUCCUUCAGCCAGCAUAACCCUGUCCCUGACUUCAUCCACUGCAGGUCGUAUCUAGAUAUGCUGAAGGUGAUCAUGUUCAGCUAUCUGUUUUGGUUUGUCCUCACCAUCAUCUUCAUCACGGGAACCACACGCAUCAGCGUGUUCUGCAUGGGGUAUCUGGUGGCCUGCUUCUACUUUUUGCUCUUUGGAGGAGAGCUGCUGCUAAAGCCAAUCAAAAGCAUCUUGCACUACUGGGAUUUCCUCAUUGCGUACAAUGUGUUCGUCAUCACAAUGAAGAACAUCCUCUCAAUAGCUGCUUGUGGAUAUAUUAAAGCCUUGGUGGUUAAUCAUUGCUGGCUGAUCCAGCUGUUCAGUCUGGCGUGCACUAUAAAAGGCUACUCACGACCCGAGCAGCAGGCCAAUAAACAGUGUGAGCUGCCCAGUGAUGAGGCAGGCAUUAUCUGGGACAGCAUUUGCUUUGCCUCCCUGUUGCUGCAGAGACGUGUCUUCAUGAGUUAUUACUUCCUUCACGUGGUGGCUGAUCUUCGUUCCUCUCAAGUUCUGGCAUCCAGAGGAGCUGAGUUGUUCCAGGCCACCAUUGUGAAGGCAGUCAAAGCAAGAAUCGAAGAGGAGAAGAAGUCCAUGGACCUGCUGAAGAGACAGAUGGACCGCAUUAAGAGCCGGCAGCAGAAGUUUAAGAGGGGAAAGGAGAGGAUGUUGAGUUUGGCUCAGGAAAGUGGCGAGGGCCACUCACUGGCCAAAGAGGAAGAGGAGAACGAUGAAGGAGAGGCGAGCAAAGAGACGAAUAAAGGCAAAAGGAAGCAGUGGUGGAGACCCUGGGUUGAUCACGCUUCUAUGGUGAGAAGUGGGAAUUAUUACUUGUUCGAGACAGACAGUGAGGAGGAGGAGGAAGAGGAUGACAAAAAAGAGGAAGAACCACCCAAGAGAUCUGCUUUUCAAUUUGUGUACCAUGCCUGGAUUACUGACUCAAAAACAGCCAUGAAGGAGCGCAACAAAGAGAGACGGCGAUUCUGGCAGAGAUAUACUGAGGGACGCAAAACCAAGAAGGACCAGCGGGAAGCUCAUGUCGCCAUCGAAGUGGGAGAUCAGGAAGAUGAUGUGGUUGAAGAAGAGAGAUCGGAUGGACCAGAUAACAUCCUUAAGCGUGUUUUUAACAUAGUGAAGUUCUCCUGGGUACUGUUCCUGGCUUUGCUGGACAGUUUUACAGCAUGGCUCAACUCCAUAUGCCAAGAGCACAUCGACAUCUCCACUGUACUGCGCAUCGAGCGCUGCAUGCUUACCCAAGAGGUCAAAAAGGGGAACAUUCCUUCGCGGGAGAGUAUUCACAUCUACUACCAGAGGCAGAUGUGCAGAGCUGCUUCCUCUGAGUGUGUUCUGGAGAGUACAGAGUGUCCACCUUCCCAGGACAGCUUCAUCCCACCUCUGCCCCAUCAGCAUCAGACACAGGGGUUAGACAGCAUGGAUUCUGUCCCCACUGGAGAUAGUCUGUCCAGUGUGUACACUGAGUCCACACUGCUCUACACUCAGUCCACACUGGAGUCCAGUGAGGCAGCCACUGACUGCGUGCCCAGAACCAGUGAGCGUGCACGGCCAAGACUCUGUCGCCUGCCGGGUCUGGACCUGUCCUCAUCCGCAGAGAGUGCAGCCAGCACUGCCUCCAGUGAAGCCACACAGUGCACAGCACUGUGCUCUCGGCAGGGCACCGGUGACACCAUUGAAGAGUCAGACGACCCCAGAGAAAGACUGCAACCUCAACCCCCGGGUGACACGUGGCCCAAAACCUUAGACAACCAGCGCUGUAGCAUUGAGGGUCAGACUCCAGAGGGUGCCUCAGCUUUGGACUGGGACAGUGCACUAGCUGCAGAGCAGGACACGUGGCCCCAGCUGAGCAGAUUCCCCUCUGAGGCAGAUAUUCCUCCCUCCUACAGCAGAGCCACAGGACUGGACUCAGUGUGCAAUACAACAGCUGGCUCUGAGGAGAAGAGGCUCAGGAUAAACAUUCCUGAAGACAGAGCUGCAAGCCAGGGAGACAUCACCCUGGCCUCACUGAGCCAUAAACUAACAGCUAGUGAACUGCUGCACAGCAGGAUGUUCUAUGACGAGGAGCUGGAGGAGUCAGAGCGCUUUUACAGCUCCCAGCCUCAGGUCCUGCAGCUGUGCUAUGCUCUCUACAACAUGUUGGUGGCCCAUUCGGAGAUGGUGUGCUAUCUGGUCAUCAUCCUCAAUCACAUGAUCUCAGCUUCAGUGGCCACGCUGGUGCUGCCCAUCCUUAUCUUCCUUUGGGCCAUGCUGUCCGUGCCCCGGCCAAGCAAACGCUUCUGGAUGACCGCUAUAGUCUAUACUGAGGUGACAAUCGUAAUAAAAUACUUCUUCCAGUUUGGAUUCUUCUUCUUCAAUCAGAAUAUAGAGCUAGACAAGACCAAACCCUUUCAUCCUCCAAAUAUUAUAGGAGUGGAGAAGAAAGAGGGUUAUGUACAUUAUGACCUGGUUCAACUGCUGGCACUCUUCUUCCAUCGCUCCAUUCUUAAGUGUCAUGGUCUGUGGGAUGAGGAUGAGCCCAGAUCAGGAGGUAAAACUGCAGUGGCCAAUCACACAGACUCAGACAGUGAGGAGAAAUCCAGAGUCCGGCCAGAGAGGAGCUCCCUCAGCCGUGAAGCUUCAGUGGAGUCCACAUACAUCCGCAUGUCCAGAAAACACUCACAUUCUCUUUCCGCCGUACGCCGACAUAGCUCCAGUGCAGGAUCACACAUUUCCCGCCGCUCAGUGCGCUCCAGAGGAGGCAGUUCAGGCACAAGGUCGAGUGUGUGUCGUGCAGGCAGUGUUUUGGGUGUUCAGCAGAAGAGUCGUAAAGAGCUCGUUCUGGAGAAACUUCGAGAGCAACUCAUCAAAGCCAAGAAAUUCACUGUUCACACAACGCUGGAGAUCUACAUUCCAAUCCGCCAGUUUUUCUACAACCUGAUCUACCCAGAGUACAGCGCAGUGACAGACGUCUAUGUGCUCAUGUUUCUAGCUGACACCGUUGACUUCAUUAUCAUUGUUUUUGGGUUCUGGGCCUUUGGGAAACACUCUGCUGCUGCAGACAUCACAUCCUCUCUGUCUGAGGAUCAGGUUCCAGAAGCAUUUCUGGUGAUGGUCCUGAUCCAGUUUGGUACUAUGGUGGUGGACCGAGCCCUAUACCUGAGGAAGACUGUUAUGGGAAAGGUCAUCUUCCAGGUUAUCUUGGUGUUCGGCAUCCACUUCUGGAUGUUUUUCAUACUUCCUGGCGUCACUGAAAGGCGUUUCAGUCAGAAUAUGGUGGCCCAGCUCUGGUACUUUGUGAAGUGCAUCUACUUCGGCUUGUCAGCAUACCAGAUUCGCUGCGGCUACCCUACACGAGUGCUGGGCAACUUCCUGACCAAAAGCUAUAAUUACGUCAACCUUUUCCUGUUUCAGGGGUUCCGGUUGGUUCCGUUUCUGACAGAGUUGCGGGCUGUGAUGGACUGGGUGUGGACAGACACCACUCUCAGUCUAUCCAGCUGGAUCUGUGUGGAGGACAUUUAUGCACAUAUAUUUGUGCUCAAGUGCUGGAGGGAGUCAGAGAAAAGGUAUCCUCAGCCACGUGGACAGAAAAAAAAGAAGGUAGUGAAGUAUGGGAUGGGUGGUAUGAUCGUGAUGUUGCUCAUCUGCAUCGUCUGGUUCCCCCUGCUCUUCAUGUCCUUGGUCAAAUCAGUGGCCGGCGUUGUCAACAAACCUCUGGAUGUGUCUGUCACCAUCACUCUGGGAGGAUUUCAGCCGAUCUUCACGAUGAGCGCUCAGCAGAAUCAGCUGAAGGACAUGACUGAAGGACAGUUCUUGGGGUUCAUGAAUUCAUACAACUACAUUCCAAGUGCAAUGCAGUUCUUAGAGGCAUACACAGCUGAGGAUGUGACAGUGGCUGAGUUAGAGGGAAGUUCUAACUCACUGUGGACCAUCAGCCCACCCAGCAGGAAGAACCUGAUGGACGUACUAAGCAAAGAAGACCUAUUUCCUGUUACCAUGUCCUGGACUAUCCAGAGGAACCUCAGUCUUGGAGCAAAGGCUGAAGUUGCCAUGGACAAGCAUGUUACGUAUCUGGACAGGAAUACAAAACAGAAGUUAAUAUAUUUGCUAAACGGAACAAGGAACGAGGCUGUAGUAAUAGAACAAGUCUUCCCCUGCUACAUACGAGCACCCAGUGACUCCAAUGCUAAACCUAUUGAUCAGCUUUAUGGAGAGGACGGUUAUGAGGACAUCCUUUUGGACCUGGAGCGAACCAACAACAGCAGCGGUGAAAUCCAAGAGUGGUGGAUUGUCGACCAGUCGCCAGAGGAAAAGACUAACAUGAGAUGCAGGGCGAGGGAGGGGCAGAAGAAGGAGGCUGGACUGCAGCUGUAUGUCUUCAGUGAUAAAGUUAGUCCUCCCAGUUUGAGCUUCCUCGCUGGCUAUGGCAUAAUGGGUCUGUAUGCCUCUGUGGUACUGGUGAUCGGAAAGUUUGUGCGUGAAUUCUUCAGCGGAAUCUCACACUCCAUCAUGUUCGAGGAGCUGCCCUGUGUGGACCGCAUCCUCAAACUGUGCACAGACAUUUUCCUCGUCCGAGAGACUGGAGAGCUGGAGUUGGAGGAAGACCUGUACGCUAAGCUCAUCUUCCUCUACCGCUCACCUGAGACCAUGAUCAAAUGGACCAGGGAGAAGACUAAAUGAGCCACAGAAGCUUACACGGAACAAGAAGGCGGUGAGAGAGGACGGACACAGCUGCCGAAGCUGCAGUGCAGAAGAGCAUGUCCACAUAUUCAGUGCGUUUGUAAGCUUGUGAAUAAGAAAAGGCCCCACUGCCUUCAGCAAUGUGACAUGCAGGCGUAGCUGUUCAACAGUAUAUGUACGUUAUGUACUAACCUGAACCUGAAAAGCCAGUGGAUUAAGAGUGUAGCAGCUGCCAGGGACUUGAAUGAGAGAGGCUGGCUUCAGGGCUCAGCUGUGUACUCUACUGCCCCCUAUCUGCUAGAAGCCUCUGAGAUGAAAUGCAUUGAUCCACGGGUUGUGCAAUAUGCUGUCCUAGUAGCUGGCUGUAAAGACACGCAGUGGAAGAAAAGGCACAGCAACUGACAGACACUAGCCACUUUUGACUUGAGACAAAAUGAUUUUCCUGAUUCUGGAAGUGCUUGGGUUCUUCAAAAGAUUAAGAGUGUGACAUUCCACACAGGAUUAUGGUCUAUGUUUGCUUAAUGUUGUAGAUUGUGCAGAGAGCCAAUACAAAAGAACCAGAGGACGGCUUUCUCAAAAAAAAAAGACUGUCAUCCUGUCAAAGCAGCAUUCAAAGUUUGUUCUUCCACACAGGCCAGAAAAUAGCCACAGCAUGGAAAAUUGGGUUCUUCUCUACUGUUAGGGAAUGCUCUGCAGAAUUGGAUGUAAUUUAAUGAUCUAAGCAUAAAGCACAUUUUGGAAAUCAA